AUGGCUGAUAAAUCUGCACAGGAGUUGAAGACUCUUCACGCUCUGGCCUCUGGAGAGGAUCAAGAUAAUGACUCCAGACACAACAUUGUGGAAGAAGUCAAAGAGCGGUCAACCAAAAGGAAGGCCAGCACCCAUGAAGGGCCCUCCAGGAAGAAAGUCAAGACUGACGAUAGUACCCACACCCCGCACUUUGAAGGUGCAAGUGUGAGGGGGAGUAAGCGGAAGGCUCAGGAGGCUGAUGAAGAGCGCCCCAACAAAAAGAUCAGGGGUAGCGAUCACGUCAGCAUCACUGAGCCCAGCAGUGUGGUGUUUGAGGGUGUCAAAGUGAGGCAGAGUGAAAGAAAGGCCCACGAUGACGGAGACAGAGCCUCAAACAAGAGCUCUGACCUCAGCCCAAGGAUCAGCGCAUGUUCAUCCUCAUUGUCAGAUGAGGAGGAAACAUACGACUUGUCCUUCACAGUCAAAACCAACCGAGCUGAAUUUGAAGGCGACUACUACGAGCUUUCCCAGCUUGGUGAAGGUGGAUUUGGAGCUGUUUAUGAGGGCUACAGAAAAAAUGACAUGGCACCAGUGGCCAUCAAACACAUAAGGAAAGAAAAGGUCCUUUACAAGGAAGUGGUCCAGAACGGAGAGGUGUUUCAAGUCAUUGAAGAAGUCGCCCUCAUGGUGAAAGCAGCAGGUGGAGCUGAUUCACCUGGGAAAACUGCAGCCAUCUCCCUUCUUGACUGUUUUGAUCUGGAGGAGGAGCUAAUCCUGGUUUUGGAAAGACCAGUCCCCUCCAUGGAUCUCCACAAGUACUGCAGGGCCAAGGGAGGCUACCUGCAAGAAAACGAGGCUAAGAUCAUCCUGAAGCAGAUGAUACAUGCAGCCAUUGAGAUGCACUCGAACAGCGUCUUUCACAGGGACAUCAAGCUGCAAAACGUCCUUGUGGAAACUGGACGCACUGUCCCACGCGUUCGAGUGAUUGAUUUUGGUUGCGGCUGCCUCGUGAGAAAGCGAUACUACAAUUACUACUGUGGUACCUUCUCAAAAGCACCUCCAGAGUGGUUUCUGGUGCGAGAAUAUCAGGCCAUUCCCACAACAGUGUGGCAGCUUGGAGCACUGUUGUGGGACCUGCUCGACCGUAAACAUUCAUUUAAAACUCAGGUUUACUUCCAGGAGGGGCUUAAAAUCAACAUCAAUCUUUCCAGAGGCUGCAGAGGUUUCUUGCAGAUAUGUCUGCAAAAUGACCCUGAGAUGCGUCCCACAUUAGAGCAGCUACAGCUUCAUCCGUGGCUCAGAUAA